GUAUUCGGGGUAUGGAGGAGGAGGUAGCUUGAGUAGUGGGGGGCGUGGUGGAGGUAGAUGAUGGUGCGCACGUCGAGAGAGAGGAGGGCGUGCUGCCAUCGGAGGUUGAGAGAGAGGACGAUGUGGUGAGGAUGCAGGAGGCGACGAUGAGGGACGAUGAGGGAAAGGAGGUUGUGGCAGGGGUAGACGAGAGCGUGGCUGGGGUAGAUGAUGGUGCUGCCCAGGUUGAGAUGGAGGAGGAUGUGGUGAGGGCAGAUGCUGCUGUGUUGGUUGGGGGAGAGGAGGGUGUGGUAGGGGGGGACGUUGCCCAUGGUACAGGAGAGGGAGGCGCCCACCUUGACCCAAUCGUCCAGCGUUUCGUCGAUGACGAGAUGGGUCCCGCACUAGCGGGUUUGACCCCGGGCACGAGGAGGGCACUGGGGGCAUCGCCAUCAGGACAGAGGGGGGCGUCAGGGCUGGGGAUGGGGGAUUUCAUGGACAUAUCUUUGGGGGAUUCGCCCACCCCUGCUCACGCAGUGAGAGAGGAUGUGGCGCGUGCCCUAGCGGCCGCUGGGUACUGCACACAGGAGAUCGAGCAGGCAUUUGCAGGACGCUCUGGGAGAGAGACAGACUCGCUUCAGCAGGGGUGCGAGGAGGUAGUAGAGCAGCCACAGGAGGAGCGUGAGGAUGCACCCCCUGCGGAUAUCCACGAAGGUAGUAGUUCAUUGGUACCGUUCACGGGCUUGCAGAUGACGAAUACGAUGCGGCUAGCAGCAGCAGCACGUGCUGUGCGUGAGCAGACAUCGCGCAGGAGCGGAGUCGCUCGUACGAGUUCCAUGCCUCAGAUGAUGCCUGCCACGGGGGAUGCCGCGUUGGAGGAGUGUUCUGGAGCCGAGGGGUUGGAGAUGCCGCGCGGUUCUCGUGGUGAGAAAACAGUCGCAGAGGUGACUCAGGUGAGUGCUAGGCUUGUUCGGGUGAGGACGGGGGCUGCCCAUGUGACUGUGGUGGAGGACGAUCCCGAGACGGAGCCUGCACGUGAGGAGGCCCCACAGGAGGGUGACGAGUACAGGGACGACGAGGAGCGUGAGGAGGAGGAGAGCGACAACGGGGAUGAUGACAGCUACCACGACGACGACGACGAGCCCUCCCCCCACCGCGACAUGGUUCUCGUAGACAGCGUGGCUCUCGUAGAGGACAUGAUGACGUAGACGACCCGUCCCCUCCAGGGCGGCGGGAGACGAGGAGUCAGAGGAGGCGAGGGUCAUCCGUUGCGAUAGCGCCGGGGCAAGGGAGU